AUGGAGAAGAAAUACCCAGCAAUCGCAGGAAGAGAAAAAGGACCAGGACCUGGGCGCUACGGGCUUCCUCCCACGAUUGGAUUUGUCGGCCAUGACUUCACGAAGCCCACCAGCCCUGCGUACUCGUUCCACGGCAGGAUGAGUGAUAAUAUGUACUGUGUUGACUCCAGUCCGGGGCCUCGAUAUCACAUUGAUGCAAAAAUGACUCGCUUUGGGAAAGACGGCACGCCUGCCUACUCAAUGUUGGGUAGAAUGAAGGCACAGAAGGAGCUGUUCCACACGCCCGGACCAGGAGCCUACAGCCCUGAGAAAGCCCCGCCAUGCAACCUGCAGCAUCGACCCCCGUCCUACACCAUGGGAGCUCGGACACACUACCGCAGCACCGACGCCGUUCCUGCUCCCAACAAGUACUCUCUGCCUCCACUCAUGGGCCCUCAGGUCCCAAACAAGCCGGCCAGCGCCAGCUACACCAUGUCAGGUAGCUUCAGCACAGGGGGACCAUCUGUGGACUUGGCCCGGACGCCUGGGCCUUGUGGGUACAACAGUACGGACCCGAGCGUUUAUCUGCCCCGACAGCCGGCGUUUUCCAUGUUGGGGCGUCACAACUUACCCAGAGACAGCACCAAGAAACCGGGUCCAGGAACUUAUAAUCCAGAGAAGGUGACGGUUCACAAGGCCCGGGCGCCAGCCUACUCUCUGGGGGUCAGACACUCGGAGUUUGUCACCCCUCUGGUGGUCAGUGUGUCUGACUGA